AUGGCGUUAGUGAGGGAGCACGCGGCGUACGGAGGCUUCGACAGCGCCGAGGCGGCGGACUUGGACGCGCUCGGCUACGGCCACGACGCGUUGCUGGGCCUUGACGCGGCGGCGCUAUUCGGGGGAGGGAGGUCCGCCGGCGCGGCGGCAUAUGUGGCGGGCGCCGGGACGAACGCCUGGACGAGCACCGGUUCGGCGUCCGUGCUGGCGUUCGACCGCGCCACGGCUGCGGCGGCGGCUGUGGGGGAGGAGGAGGAGUGCGACGCGUGGAUCGACGCUAUGGACCAGAGCGACGGCGCCGCCGCGAAUCGGGGGGAGCGGAUUAGCGAGCGGCUGCGAACGCUGCAAGAGCUGGUGCCCAACGGCACCAAGGCCGACCUGGUCACCAUGCUCGAGAAGGCCAUCAGCUACGUCAAGUUCCUCCAGUUGCAAGUCAAGGUUCUCGCAACGGACGAGUUCUGGCCGGCGUAG